UUCUGAGUCAGCAUUAGCUAAAUGUUCCAGAAAGCCAUCCACAAAGUACAGCCUGGGCGUUCAAGGGAUGUCACUCAUUUCCUCUAGUGAUUUUGACAAAUCAGAAGCUUGAAAGCAGGGAAAUCCUCAAUCUAUUUCCAGAAUACUCCAUCCAGCUUGGCGAUUGAGCAUCUGUCUCCCUUCUGCCGGCUGGUCAGCCACAGUGCUCCGGAGGGAUCUGCACAAUGCUCAAGCACAUUAGCCUGCUGUUACUCCUCACCUCUAUUUGGACCACUAGGCACCCAGUCCAAGGUGCCAUCCAAGUGAAAGACCUUUCCAUCCCUACAUGCAGAAUCAUGGGUGUCGCCCUUGUGGGCAGAAACGUAAACCCACAGAUGAAUUUCACAGAAGCUGAGGAGGCCUGUAAGAUGCUGGGACUGACUCUGGCCAGCAGGGACCAGGUGGAAUCAGCGCUGCAAUCUGGCUUUGAGACUUGUAGCUACGGAUGGGUUGGAGAGCGAUUCAGUGUCAUCCCUCGGAUUUUCCCAAACCCCAAGUGUGGGAGGAAUGGCAAAGGUGUCCUGAUUUGGAAGGUUUCCCCCAGCCAAAAGUUCAAAGCCUAUUGCCACAACUCAUCAGACACCUGGGUUAACUCCUGCAUUCCAGAAAUCAUUACCACAUUCUACCCUGUGCCUGACACUCAAACAACCGAAACAGAGUUUUCUAUCAGCAGCAAUGCCUACUUGGCUUCAUCCCCAGACUCCACAACACCUGCUUCUGCCACUACCCGGGCUCCACCUUUGACCUCCAUGGCACGGAAGACAAAAAAGAUUUGUAUCACAGAAGUUUAUACAGAACCUAUCACCAUGGAUACAGAAACAGAAGCAUCUAUUGAAAGUGGAGCAGCAUUCAGGAAUGAAGCAGCUGGGUUUGGAGGUGUCCCCACAGCCCUGCUGGUGCUGGCUCUCCUCUUCUUUGGUGCUGCCACUGUGCUGGCUGUUUGCUACGUGAAAAGGUAUGUGAAGGCCUUCCCUUUCACAAACAAGAAUCAACAGAAGGAAAUGAUUGAAACCAAGGUUGUAAAGGAAGAGAAGGCUGAUGACAUCAAUGCUAAUGAAGAAUCAAAGAAAACCAUUAAAAACCCAGAGGGACCCAAGAGUCCAUCCCAAACCAAGGUGCGAUGCUUAGAAGCUGAAGUUUAGAUGCAAGAGAGUGGAGAAGGUACACCCGGGGCAAGUUUCAUGUCCUGGAACCAAAGAAGCAAGCCACUGUUGGUUCCUGCUGAGAAAGACUGCAAAGUUCACCAGAAGGAGCCCUCUCCUUACUGCAGUCUUCUCCAGACUCUACUUUCUGGCCUCCAACCUUCCCACAGCCUCCCUAGCCCAUCUGUGGCUCACAGCAGACCAGAGAGUGGAAGGAGCUUUCAAAGCACCAGGCCCUAAAACAGCUCCUAAGCUCAUACUCAGACACAGGCAUCCAGGUUGCCUGACCCCAGAUGAAGGCCAGAGUCCCUGAGACAUGGCCAGCCCCAUAGUUCAAAAUCUUCCCACAGGGAAACGUAACGUACCACCUGGCCAUGUUCUUUGGAACCAGGCACAUGUAAAAUAAGGAAAGAGAAACAGAAGGUCACAGAGAGCCUGGUAACUUGAGACUUAAUCUCUGGAAAGCCAAAAUAAACAGAGCAGGAGCUAGGAGCUGGGAGCACAGAUAGCAGCCUUGUUGGCUGAGGCUGUAAAUCCACUGGGAACCCUCUCAGUUAAUUGAUCUGCACCACUUUCUAGAACAUAGACACAUUUUCUUUUCUUUUUACUGUUGCUUAUGUUCUCUAGAGACAAAAACACGUUUAUAAGAAACUUAAAAACGGGAGAGGCCUGGAGCUGGCUCAGUGGUAAAGCACUUGCCCUGGCAUGUAUAAACAAAGCUUCCAGUCCAAUCCCCAGAAUCCACCCAGCCCACAUCCACACAAAGAAACAAACAAAAGUAUGCAUUUCCAUCUUUACUUGAAUUGCAGGACCCAUUGCUGAGAAAAACAACAAUGUUAAAAAGUAAAAAAAAAAAAGAAAAGAAAAGUACACAAAAAAAUGUCAGAUAAUCUACUAUAAACUGAGAACACUUUACCUGAAAUGCUUGGUACUAACAGUAUUACAAAUUUCAGAUUAUGUUUAAAGUCUGGAAUACUUGCACAUACAUAAUGAUAUUUUAGAGAGGUUCAGUCUAAAUAUGUUUACUUAUAUUUUAUGCAUACCUUAGACACUUAGCCUGACAGUAAUUUCAGACAAAAUUUUGAAAAUAACUUCCCACAUGAGAUAAAGUUUUACAAUGUGACAUUUUCCCCCUGGGGGCAGCCUGCUGACAUACAAUUUCAAGCUUGGUAAAAGUUUGGUUUUCAGAUUUUUGAAUUAAAGCUGUGAGAAGCUAUGUAAGACAUGACAUUCCAUAACUAAGAUUACUCAACACAUACUCAUGUAUAGUGAAGUGUGGCCUGAAGCUAAUAUUUUUUCCAGCUUUGAUAUCCCUAGCUUAUCUACUUCCAAACUAAUUUUUUGUUGCUGAGACUAAUCCAUUCAUUUUCUCUAAUACAGCAACUACUUCAACCUUAAUUUAUUAUUAAUGUAUUUGAAAGUGUAUUAUUACCUCUACAUACCAACAUAUAUACUUUGUGUGCCUUUAACAAAUGCAUUACCAGCUCUCAUUUUUUCCAGCAAGAAGAACCUGAGAGGAGAAAAAAAUAUUUGUGCCCCAAACAAAUAAACAUUUAGAAACUCA